AGAAGAGACGUCACGUGAUCAAAGUCAGUCGAAAAAAUUUAGCUUCAAGAAAUUCGACUCUUUCGUCUUUCCAUUUGUCGAGUUUUCUUUUCUCCAAUUCAUCUAGUUAAGAAGAAGUUGCGCAAUCCACGGUGACGUAGCCAGGAAAUGGAAUUCGAUAUUAUUUUUGUUCUUUCGAGAGAGUCCCGAACGGUGAAAACUACGAUGAAAAGCGACACUGGAAUUUUGUUUGCAAUUCUUGACUAUUAUUUUUUAUCGUGAGCGACUGUUUCUAACGCAAGUGCAAGUCCAAACGGAAGUAGAUUGAACAGCAUUUAUCUGGUGACUGGUGGUUUGUGGUCGGUGCAAUAUCUACUGAUUCGUUUCCUGAAAUGUCUACUGAGCGUCUGUAGUUAUGUGACGAUAAUGCCCAAUAGAAUUGCCGAUACUGGGUCCGACCGAAAAGGAUCGUGAUCGAAGAAGGAAAAAGAGAAAUCCAAGGUCAGCUCUGCUGAGAAUAGAAAAAUCACGUUGUCGACUACUGUCGGCAUAGUUUGUGACGUCAGAUCGUUUGUGUCACGUGAUCAUAACCAGGCACCUUUUUCCUUUUUUUUUCCUCCCUCCCUUAGAGAAUCACGCCGGCUCUCCUAGCCAUCAGCUGAGAGAAGGGAAAAAGUCGAGCUCUCGGUUUAAAAUAAACUUCAGUUCGUCUCCUCUCGAUCCCGCUAGAUCCCCGAUCUCGCCAGAUCCGGACUUCCUUCGUUACCGUCCAGUCGAGUAUUUGAUUUGUUCCUCGACAUUCACCGACCGAAAUUUAUUAUUAUUUAUAUACACCGUGUGUGCCUUGAAAUCGGCGUUGGGUAAAGUUUCGAGAGAGUGUAUUUUUGUGAAUUUGGCAUCCGGUUAUUUUGUUUGGAGUGAGGUGUGCAUCGCGUUGCCUUGGUUAUCCCAUCGAUUCACCUUAUUCAGUUUUCCCUUUUUGUGUCGUCGAUUUCCCUGUUCUACUACCAGCACCACGUCGUUUGAUUAGUGACGGCGAAGGAAUAAACAAGACCCUAUUGUAACUCGCAGAUUGCUAUGUCUUUCGGCCUAGGAUUCCUUCGUGUUCGCUCGAUUCUUUCUUUGGUGAAUAAUAACGCUGAACGUGUCACAUGCUGCCUGUUCAUUCAGAAGAAAUGGUAUUCGCCGUCAGCGAGGGAUAAUCGUCAGCAACCCAAUUACAUCAGACAACAAGUGUUGCACACUUCCUCGGGACUUCACAAAACCAAGGCGGGGAUCUUUAGCCCCAUCGAGGAAUUUGGAUCCACCACUACUGGGGAGAAGGACUCAUCCAUCAGCGUCGAAGAUCUUCUCUACGAUAUCUUCAAACACAACGAUGCCGAUCACUUGGUCGUCGGAGAUUUUCUCGCGGCGCUAUGGGCAACCGGGUUACGAAGCACCGAUCCUCGGCUGAGCGAGCUCAUUCAAAAUCUAAACAAGAUUCAACAAGAUUUAGGCAGAGAUGGCCCUGGAAACCUUGAAAAUCUCAAACUGAAUCGUGAACAAUUCAAAGCAUCCAUCAACGAGAACAUCGUGCUGAUUUCCCGAGCUUUUCGUCGUCAAUUUGUCAUUCCAGAGUUCGAGGAAUUCACAGAUAAAAUCGAAAAGUUUUAUUUCAAUUGUAAAGCAAUAGACACAGGAAAGGUAGCGGCGUACAUCCCGCAACUAGAACGAAUGAGUCCCAACUAUUGGGGUGUUAGUCUUUGUACAAUUGAUGGCCAGAGAUUUUCUAUCGGUGAUGUCAAAAUACCUUUUACCAUCCAAUCUUGCAGUAAACCGCUAACCUACGCCAUCGCCUUAAAUGAAUUGGGGUCGGAGGUCGUUCACCGUUACGUUGGGCAGGAACCCAGUGGCAGAAUGUUCAACGAACUUAUCCUCGAUCAUAACAAAAGGCCACAUAAUCCUCUGGUAAACGCGGGAGCACUGUUAACGAGCAGUUUUAUGCUGACUUUAAUUCGUCGAGAGAUGGCACUUUCGGAUAAAUUUGAAUUUGUCAGAAGUUUCUUAAAGCGGAUGUCUGGCGGGGAGUUCGUUGGAUUUAACAACGCCGUUUUCCUAUCAGAACGGGAAAACGCAGACCGCAACUACGCGUUGGCCUUCUACAUGCGCGAAAAUAAAUGUUUCCCAGAGAAAAUCAAUCUCCGCGAAUGUCUUGAUUUUUAUUUCCAGUGUUGUUCCAUGGAGGUGGAUUGCGAAAGCAUGUCCGUAAUUGCAGCCACAUUGGCUAAUGGAGGUAUCUGUCCUACUACGGGAGAUCAAGUUUUGAAACCAGACUCGGUUCGAGACGUCUUAUCCCUUAUGCACUCUUGUGGAAUGUACGACUACUCUGGGCAAUUUGCAUUCACCGUUGGCCUUCCUGCUAAAUCUGGGGUAUGUGGUGGGCUCCUGGUUGUGAUUCCAAACGUGCUGGGCAUUGCUCUCUGGUCACCUCCAUUGGAUCAGUCUGGAAAUUCAGUUAGAGGCAUAGAAUUUUGUAAAGAAUUGGUCAGCAUGUUCAAUUUCCAUCGCUACGACAACUUGAAACAUGCAGUGAACAAGCAAGAUCCUCGCCGACACAAAUAUGAGACUAAAGGUCUCAAUAUCGUUAGCUUGUUAUUUUCAGCAGCAGCUGGCGACGUUACGGCUAUGAGGCGCUAUAAACUCUCCGGUGUCGAUAUGACGCAAACCGACUACGACAAUCGUACAGCUUUGCAUUUAGCUGCCGCAGAAGGACACUUGGAUUGCGUAGAUUUCCUUUUGAAAUACUGCGCAGUGCCUCCCAGUCCGGCCGACAGAUGGGGACAAACGCCGAAAGAUGAAGCAGUACGUUUCAAUCACACUGCGGUGGCUGAAUUGAUUCAAUCUUACAUCGAUAAGAAACCAGUCGCCGAGGAACCAGUAGAAGAUACUAAAGCUAAAAGCAAGGAUCAAGGAAGCAUAGGUUCAAUUUUUUAAGGAUUCCCUUAGGUAUGAGUGCUCUUUAUCAUGGAAAGGUUUUCGAGUUCAGAUAAUCUGAACAAAGAAACUACCGCUAUCCUUAAUAAAAAAAAAAGUAAUUGGAAUGUAGAAUUGUGUGUGCUUCUUUAAGCAUAAUUUUUCUUCUUCCAGUUCUCAAUCAGUUGUUAUGUUAUCUCGUACAUCAUUGUGUUCUGUAGUAGCCUCUGUCGUAUAGCUAUUGACCCGAAAUCACCCAAGUACUUGGAUUUAAACGGCGAAUCAACUCCAUGACUGUGUUUCAGUAUGAAUUUUUAAUUCCAUUUUUAUUAUUGUUAAUAAUCACACCUGUGUGUUUGUGAAAUGGGACAAGUAUUGACGAAUAGUGUGAACUCUUCCGUCGAAGAUGUCAAUCCGCUCUGCUUCAAUACUUUGAAUGGUAGGUUGGCAAUAUCUGUUCACUAAAUCACCGUUGUUUGUUUAGCUAUUUGCUGUUUCUGUUUUUCCCUUCGACCUUGUUUUAGCAGGAGCACUUGUUAAAAUCGAUGGCACCAAUGGUCAACUGUAGUUUAAAGAGAAUAAAAGUAAACUGAGUGCGGUAAAUGUA